UUUUCAGAUAGUGUAUCUAACUCAUCCAUUACAAGUGUGACCGAUGGCCUACACGAUUGCUCACUCUCUCAGCCUGGAGUGCCUUUUCCGUGGAAUCAACUGCCUCGAGAGCUGCGACUGAAAACUCUUCAGAAUCUUCCACGAGCUGAUCUUGACAGAUGUCGGCAGGUCAAUAGAGAGAUGUUCGAGCUCAUCCAGUCUAAUGAACGAACGUUGCAAAGAAGACUCGUUGACUUAGCGAUACGCAAGAUGCCGUUUCCGAGGUUCCUACUGUACAUACAGUGUCCCGAAGAAGGAAUAAGGAAAGUUAAGGACGUGACCGAUGCGGGCACAGUUAGUACGGCUUCGGGACCUGAUUCACAUCACCCAUUCCAUGGAAGGCAUUCCUCUUGUUUUGCAAAGGUGCUUAGAAACGCUGAAGUUCGCAGUCUGGAUAUCGGUGAGGUGCCAGCCGGUUUUCUGUCGUCAGUCUUAUCCUGUUUCCUGGACAAGGGCUGUCGAGUACGUGAGUUAGCGGUAAUGAACCCAUCGAUGGCUGACUUCACAUCUUCCAUUUUUCUUCGAUUUCUACACGAGACCGCUCCUGAGAGUAUCUCCAUAAGCGGAGUUCCCGAUUGCUCUCAGGAUAAAUUAAGCCCAGAUUUGUUCAAAUUCAUUGUGACGAGAGAACACUUCAACAUAGUUGGUUCGCUACAUAAUCCGGUCCCAGUGGACGACGAUAUUCUCGCUCAACUAACUGCUACUCGAUUCUUCAUAGACUUUCCGAAUAUGAUCACCCUCAACGGUCUG